AUGCCAAUGUACCGGCUCACACCAGCUUUUCCUCAAGAUUUCGAUGUCUCGCCACGAAACGUGAUGUACCGCCUUCCGCCAUAUCACGAUUUCGGCGGCAGUUCAUCAGGAGGUGGUGCUCAAGCCGCAAAGGAAGAAACCGAUCCAGUCAAAGUUCUGGAGAAGAAGCAGCUCGCGCUCAUCGAAAAGCUCAAACUCCAAACCGAAUCCUUGAACAAAUUGCUGGUUUCGAUUGGAAACGCCAAGGCUUCAACACCAAAAUCUGCUCCAGCACCAGCCGAAGUAGUCGACGGUGGCAAAAAGGACAAAGAAGCCAAAAAGGAAGCGAGAAAAGCGGCGAAAUCCGAGGCGAAGAGCAAAGUGGCUGCCGGCGCAACUCCAAAACCGCCAUCAGAAAAGGCAUCCGGCUCUGGAUGGUCCGUUGAGGACGACAGGAAGACGUGGGAGACGAAACUCUCGCUAACAGUCAACUUGCCGCCAUCACUGGUCGCCUAUCCGCAGGAAAACCUAGGCGCCGUCGAUGUCACCAUCACCGAAGCUGAUGAGGGAUGGGCAAAAGCUCUGUCAGCCGUCGGUGCCAAGAGAAAUGUGGCCUUUAAUGGUGUUGUGUGCAACAAUGUUGGAAAAGGCGCGAAAACUACGGUUACAGUAAAAUCGGGCGAUGUGUUUGGCUUGAAAAUCGGCGAAACCGCGGUGAAAUGCCGCCAGACGGCGUGGAAGAUUCUCGGUGGGGCUCUUGGGCUCCAUUCGCGACAAUCAGCUCAAACUCUCAGUGCCGCGCAUCAAGCUCGCUGGCUCGAGAAGGCCGAUUUGAUAAUGCACAAAAUCGGUGACGCUGAGCUCACCGAGCGUGAGGCCUCUCAAUUCUUGGCGCGUUUCGACUCAUUAAGCUCGCAAUGGGACGUGACUGUCGCCGAUAUCGUAAUCCGCCACGUGAUUCGCGUCGGGACCCAUCCGAACAACGUCGAGCUCUGGGCGAAGAAAAUCGACGGAUUGUUAGUCUAA